AUUUCACAAUUAUGAGAUGUGCUCUAUUAAGAAAAAAUACUUUCCCACUGCAUCAUUUUCACAAUUAUGAAAAAUCUUCUUUAUUAUGCCAAUCUUAGCGCACUCACCCCUCUUUACUCUUUAUUAGAGUGAAUUCCCCCUCCUUCCCAACCGAAGUAUGCCAAUAUUCCUAACUCAUCGCCAUCCGACGUUGAUUCUGAACCCUAGAAACUCCAAAAUCCCUAUUGUGUCGAACUCAAAGAAUCAUCUCGAUGUAUCUGUUCUCUCCAACACAGUUGGGUUGAGCUCCGCACAUUCAGGAUUUCUUCGCAAAAGCGGUCAGCUGUCAUACCCCAAUCACCGCAUCAAGCGCAUAAGACGGCAGCGCAGUCCUGUGAUCAGAGCCGCAGGAUCUGAUUACUAUUCCACUUUGAAUGUAAGCAGAAAUGCAACAUUGCAGGAGAUCAAGGCCUCUUACCGGAACCUUGCUCGCAAGUGUCAUCCAGAUUUGAACAAGGGGCCUGGGGCAGAAGAAAAAUUCAAAGAGAUAAGUGCUGCAUAUGAGGUCCUUUCAGAUGAUGAGAAAAGAUCUUUAUAUGAUCGCUUUGGUGAGGCAGGGUUACGAGGAGAACAGGAUGGAUCAGAUGCUGGUUCACCAGGAGUGGACCCUUUUGAAAUUUUUGAUGCCUUUUUUGGUGACUCAAAUGGGUUUUUUGGAGGGAGGAGGGAAUUAGGAGGCAUUAACUUUAAUGUGAGGAACAAAGGCAGUCAAGGCCUUGACAUUCGGUAUGACUUGUUUCUGAGCCUUAAAGAAUCAGUUUUUGGAGGACAACGGGACAUUGAAGUUUCUUAUUUUGAUGCAUGCAAUACCUGUGGAGGAACAGGUGCUAAAUCCAGCAGUUGCAUAAAACAAUGUAGUGAUUGUGGAGGUAGGGGAGGGUUGAUGAAAACUCAAAGAACGCCAUUUGGAACAAUGUCUCAGGUAUCUACUUGCUCAAAGUGUGGUGGUGAUGGCAAAAUAAUAACGGAUCAUUGUCGAAGGUGCAGUGGUCAACGUAAAGUACAGCUAAAGCGAUCUAUUAAAGUGGUUAUUCCACCUGGUGUGGAUGAUGGAGCCACAAUGCAAGUUCAAGGAGAGGGGAGUUUUGAUAAGAAAAGUGGCCUAGCUGGUGAUCUCUUUAUAAUUCUUCAUGUUAAUGAAGAACGUGGAAUUUGGAGGGUGGGUCUCAAUCUCUAUUCAAAGAUUAGUGUUGAUUAUACUGAAGCAAUACUGGGGACUGUUAUGAAGGUGGAAACAGUUGAGGGUUUGAGAGAUCUUCAAAUUCCUUCUGGGAUUCAACCUGGAGAUACAGUAAAAAUGUCUUGUAUGGGGGUUCCAGACAUCAACAAACCUUCUUUGCGUGGUGAUCAUCUCUUCACUGUGAAUGUUCGGAUCCCAAAAGAGAUCAGUGAUACAGAGCGUGCACUCAUUGAGAAGUUGGCUUCGCUUAAUGCAUCCUUGAAAGGCAGGUCACCCUCUUUGAAUGGAACAAUUCAAGGUGAUUUUCGCAAGCUUAAUAUCCGACAUGGACAAAACCAUGCUUCAAGCCAAGCAUGCGGACGUGUUAAGUCCUUUUGGAACUCGAUGAAGGGCUUCUUUGGGGAAAGGCUUUCUGGAAAACGGUAUGCAUCAGUGAGUCUUGACACAUCUAUGGCAUGGCGUCAUGCAGGACCAGAUUCAUCACUUGUGAUUUCUAGUUUGACAGUUUUCAUCAUAGCAUGUAUCUUUAAUUUGAUUAGGACUGCUAGUGUUCCUCUACAGAAGAACUGUGCUCCUUAUUCCCGUAGAACAAAAGAUCAGCUUUAAGGGAUCUCCCAUGUUGUAUUAUUUAUUAACUGUAAUAUUCCAUUGUGAUUGGAUGGUAGAUCUUAGCUCUGUUCAUAGUUAAAAAUAUUUUUUCUUUGCUGAAGUGAAGUUCAUUGUGUGUGAUUCGAUAGUAGAUCUUAUUUCUACUCAAUAGUUACAAAUAUAUAGUCUUUGUUGAAGCAAAGU